CUUUUGAACGGAAAGGGAAGUUAGUCACACCCCUCUCCCAUUCUUGAAUGUUUUUCUCUCUUUUUUACCUCCCCUUUUACGUCAACUAGUCACGCUCAACUCACUUGUUCCACGUAAACGGAAUAGAAAGCUAUCCUAGCUAUGACUUCUAGUUUGUCUUUAUUAGUUCUGGCACUUCGUCCCUCGCACGAUAGGCUUCGCUUCUGAUACCCUGCAAGGAAAAGAAUCGCUUGUGGAACACUGUUGCUGAUAGGAUUUUCAAGAGGCGCGUUACGGAAUCGCAUAUCAAUUGACAGGAUCGAGUCGCUUUGUAGAUUGCACGGAAGUACAGCCAAAUUUUGCUCCUCUUCCCCUCGUGGUUAUUAAAAGGGAAGACACCACCACUCUCCGGGGAACAGCCAUUUCUCUAACCAGUAGAUAGCUCCUCUUCGCGUCCUCCAUGGCAAGUGACGAGCUUAUACAAGAGAGAGAUGGCGAGUACCGUCACGGUAAGGCUGUUAUGGUCAGAGGGGUCAGAAUGCCUCAUGUGUACACCUAUUUGACAGGAUUUGCAGAGUUCAUCGAAAAUUUUACAACCAAAAACGAUGAUGUCUUUAUUGUCGGUUUUCCAAGGUCAGGAACUACUUGGCUUCAAGAGGUCAUUUGGCAGAUCUUCAAUGAUGGAGAAAUUAGUCGCCAUCCUAUUGGUCACCGGGUUCAAUUCUUUGACGAAGCCAAAUUUCCCCACACCACCCAGCCUGACAUCACCACUAGAGCCAGUCCACGCCUCAUGAAGACUCAUCAGCCAUUUCAUGCAAUUCCCAAAGGAACAAGCGAAAACUCAAGAUGUAAAUACAUAUACGUUGCAAGGAAUCCAUUCAAUGUCGUGGUGUCUUAUUACAACUUCGACCUCAAAAUGGCGCCUGUGACGGACUAUGAUGGGCCAUUUGAAUAUUUUGCUGACAUGUUUAUCAAGGGGACAACAUAUUGGGGGUCUUGGACCGAACAUGUUCUGGGAUGGUGGAAACACAAAGAUGAUGACAAUGUUCUGUUUCUCAAAUACGAAGACAUGAAGAUAUAUAUAUAUAUAUUAGGAAAAUUGGGUUAACCAAACUCAGCUGCAACUGAAGCUGAUUUCCUUCAAGGAGCUUUAAAAUAAUAAGCAAAUUUAGAAUAAUUUUUUCAAGGCAUAACAUAGAGCUAUUAUUAUCUUAGUUUUAUACUUUUGAUGAAGGGGGUAACUUUCUAUAGAAACUGGUUAGAGCUUUCGAUAAAAACCGAUUACUGUCGUUCUACCACCGCCUAAAAGGCCCCUCAUCAUCGUCUGUCUAGCUUGCCAGCAGGCUCUCGUGUUUUGGGUUUCGCCUGACGGCUCCUUUCAUUUCCGGGCACAACCGACCAUCAUACCACUGGCAGCCACUUUUAUUGCAACUGUGGUGCUACGUCGACAGAGCUAUUAAGAUCAAUUGGUUCUGUCAUUGAGUUGAUGAUGUAAACUAGCCACCGUGGCCAAUUCACAUCAUCAAAUCAGUCGAUGAACUAAAUUAUCUCAAUUUCAUACACUCAGGUUAAUAUCAAACAUGAUAUGAUAAAAUACUGACUCUCGUCAGUUUUUAGGCUUUUUUAAAGCUUGCUUCAGGUAAUUCAGUUGGUUCAGAUUGAAGUAUUCUUACAUCUAUUGUUAUACAGAAGGGCCUUUCGAGAAGAGACGCCAAAGUAAGGCAACUCCUCUUGUUGACAGAGUGCAAUAAUAAUAAUAAUCACGAUAAAAUAAAAUGAAAAGAAAAUGAAUAUC